UGUCAUAUAUCGCUAACCAAAUCGCAAACAUGUCGCCAAACACAUACAAGUCGAUAAAAUCAUGAAACCUACACACUCAACACUAUAUAUCGCGAAGUGGCUCGCUAAUGUAUCGCUAAAAUGUCGAUAAACAAACGGUUUCUUAUAAAUUUUGAACUUUCCCAAGACGAUGUCGCGCUAUGUCGUGAACAUAGUCGCGACACGUCGCAAAUUGUGCAAAAACCAGAACACAGAUCGGCAUCAAUGAAAUUCAAACGAAAUCAAAAAAUUUUCAAAAUAAAGUAAAUACAUUUCUUUAAAAUGAAGCACAAACAAAUAAAAACUAAUCAAAACAAUAAAAAAGUUUAGACAAAUACCUUUUUUAUUGUUUCGGAUCUGGGUUUUGUGUAGGGGUGUCGCGAGUUUGGGGUUUCACGAUAUCGUCUCCAAUGGUCUGGUGCUCGUCUCUCUGUGUUUCACGAUAUGUUACGGGCUUCCACGAUUCGGUCUUCAAAGUUUUCGCGAUGUCGCGAUGUCGUCUGGAGGUGGUGGUUUUGUUGGGGUCGGGUGGGGUUUCGUAGCAGGCUUGGUGGGUUGUCGUUGGUGGUCCGGUGACUUGAGGUGGUGGUCCGGUUAGGGGAGGGUGGGUGUCGUUUGGGUUGCGUGAGAACGAGAGACAGAGAGAGAGAGAAAAGAGAGAGUUAGAGAGAGAGUGGUAAUUUGAAAUGGGGAGGGUAUUAUUGGGAUUAAUCUUAAUUGGAGGUUAUUUUUUGAACUAUUUUUUGGCUAGCAUAUUAAAACAACACAUGCUAUUUUUAAGCAAGUAUUGUCAAAUUUCCCUUUUUUAUAUUAUUUUUUAUUUUGUUUUAAAAAAAUUGUAAAGUUUUAUAUUUUGUCCCAAUAGAAAAAGGUUAUUUGAUUCCUUAAUUACUUUACUUUUGAAAAAAAUAUGGCAUAGUUUAUAAAAUGUGACAUUUCUACAUAAAUACUAUAAAAUAAAAAUAAAAAAAAAAUUGUUUAUUGUAUUUGUCCAAAUAUUAGUAUUUUUUUUUAGAAAUUUUUACAUGAAAAAUCCAUUUUACACAAUUUAUUACAAAAUUACUCACACACGCCUAUGACUACAUUUUUACUUACAAAGUUGCCUUUAUUACACAAAUACCACUUAGUCGUCAUUCCAUGCAUACACGUGUGCUUUCCCCAUCCAUCAUCAAUCAAAUCCUACUCUCUUCCCUCUCUUUUUUCAUUUUCUUUUCAUUUCAUUUUCGAUUCUUCAUUUCUGUUUUCUAAGUUCAUUUGAAUUCAAGUAACCUCCAUUAACCACCCAUAAUUUAUCACGUUUUUCCCUCUUCUUUUUGGUUCAUCCACGAAUUUUCAACUUCCUCUUAGCCCACGAUUUAGCAACUGUUUUUCCCUCUCUGUUUCAGUUUUUUUCAAUCUUAUUUAUAAGAUGGCAAUCACUCGUUCAUCAUCAUCCCCUUCUCUAGUUCUCAAACAGAAAUAAAAAAUGGGCAAGAAAUCGUUGGCCAACAAAUCCAAGGGUAAACGCCCAAUCAUUGAAGAUUAUGAUUCUGAUUUUGAAGCUCCAAUGCCCAAGCGUGGGAGACCCCAUUCUUCGAAGAAAACGAAGCUCAACUUGGAGGAGCACACGGUUCCAGAAAUUUCUGGGAAAAAAACUAUUGCACAUGCUGAAGAUCGGACUCAGGUUUGGGACUGUAAAUUUAGUCCUUCUGAUUUUUACAGAUCUAAGUGUGUAUGCACCAGUGUUUAUUCCGUGAUAGAUAAUAUUAAGAACACUUUAUCUGUUAAUUUGCUUUCUUUGUUUCGUCAAACUCAGUUUGGGCAUUUUCUGGAUAUGCCUGAGUUUGUUUUUCAUCCGCAAGUCGUACAUAGUUUAUUACUAAGGGAAGUUUUCCAGCCCAAUCCUAAAGAGUUUUGGGCUAAGGUUGCUGGCCGUUGCAUACGGUUUACUGCCGAAGAAUUUUACCUGAUUUCUGGUUUAGAUUGUUUCGGUGAUUGCAACAAGUUGUUGUUUUCACAGGAAACAAAUCAAUUGGUAGAAACAUGUUUUCCGUGGUGUAAAAACUAUUGACCACAAAGCCAUCGAGGAUGCUUUUUUGGGUAGUCGGUGGGGUUUGGAUGAGUCUAUUGGUUUGAAAAUGGCUGUUUUGUAUUUCAUUCAGUGUUUUCUUCUUAGCAAUACUCCUGACAAAGAAGUGUCUAGGUUUGUUCUAGAUGUAGUUGAUAGCGGUCGGUGGGAUGAGUAUUGUUGGGGUAGGGAAUCAUUUGAAUUGACAAUUGACUCAUUCAAAGGUAGGAUCCAGCAUGGGAUCAUUAUGAAAAAUAGAAAUGCAGAGAAGGGAGGUCAAUAUGAUGGCUGGUAUAGGGCAUUGGGAUGUCCUUGGGUUUUCACGGUUUGGUUUUAUGAAUGCUAUCCUGCAAUGGUGAACUCUUUCUGUAAGAGAGUUUCAUCUUCUAUUCCAAGGAUUCUGAACUGGAGCAACACCAUCGUCACCAAAAAUCCAACCCUUCGAGACUUGAAGGGCAAGAUUUUUGAUUUACCUUUGGAGAAGGUAAUUUACAGUUUCUUUACUGUUUCUUUUCAGUUUUAUUUAUGUUGUUAAUUUUUGGUUUUUCCAAUUGUUUUAAUUUUUUUCAUAUUAUGUUUGAUUAUGCUGUUCAGUUGAAGAUAAAAAACAUGCGUCCUACUGAUGAAGAGAGGCAGCAACUUCAACUUGACGGUUUAUUUCUCGAUGAAUCUAUUGAUGACCGUGGUGUAGCGAAGCAAUCCUUCGAGGGUGGGUCAUCUUCAAAGAAGUCUGAUUCAGCAGAUAUUGAUUGGACGAAAUCUAAUCUGGAGAUGGUCAUUUCGAAUCAAUCAUCAUUGGCCGAGGACUUCAUUUCAUUGAGGUGUUUUGUUGAUUUUAAUUUCAAGUCCGUAAUGACUGUAAUUAAGGAUAUCCAGGAGAAGGUUAAUGCCAUUCAUCGUCGUCCUUCUGAUGAGGUAUUUAUUCUUAUUUUAUUGUUUAGGUUUUUUCAUACUUUUUUUUUAAAGUUUCUUUACUGUUUUAUUAAAGUUUCAUUUAUGUUGGUUGAUAUAGGGAAAGUCAUCAGAUGAAUUAGUAACUCAAGAUUCUGAUGAUGAUGCUGAUGAUGAUGAUGAUGAUGAUGCCGAGGAUGAUGAGAAGCAAUUGCCUGAUCCAGAAAACAUUGAUUCUGACUCCGACGAUGGUGGUGAGUUGGUUAAAGUUGGUGGGGAUGCUGAUGAUGCUGACAAGGUUGUUACUGUUGUUCCUUCUGCUGAUGUGAAUCCAUCUGAGGCUGUUGGAGGGAGUGAUAAAAAUGUUAAGGAUGUUGAGAAGCCGAAGGGUGAUGAGUCUCGAUUGAAGGGGGACGAUUUCUUUGAUGGGUUGAGCCAGCUUGAAAUAGAUGAUGAUCAAGUUGUGUUGGCUGGCUUGGAGGCUGUUGGUAAAAUCCAUGUAAGUUUACUUUUAAUUGUUUUCAAGAAAACUAGGUUUCUUUUUGGUUGCUCAUUAGUUUCUAGUAUGUUUUGCAACUGUUUUAAUGCAUUCUUUCUUUUUUAGGUCCCCGCACCCAAUCCAGAUGUUGUUGGUGAAAAGUCAGAUGCCCUUCAUACUGAUGAAGAAACUGAGGACACUGUCUCUGAUACACCUCUGUUGGAUAAGAGGAAGCGUGCUCCGGCCUUGAAAUCUCCAUUUGUUGAUUUCGGGUCUGCUGAUGUCGGGAGCACUCCAAUGGAGCUUAUGUCCUAAGGUUCUCAAUCAGCUGGGGAUGAUAGGGAUUUCAAAAUGGUAACUUAUGUGAAGGGCCUUUAUGCUCUUAAUGAUGAUUUUGCUGAUCCCGUAUCUACCGAGAUUGAGGCAAAAUUUGACGCUUGGAUUGGUGAAGGAUUGCUUAAACAUCCUAGGUGACUGUUUUUAUUAAAUCUGUUUUUGUAUUAUGUUUUUUUUUUCAGUUUUAUUCCUGUUUUAAUGCUAUUUUUUUGCUAUUUUUUUGUUGUUGUAGGCAUUAUAAUUGUUAUGAAGACGACGCAAAGAAAUUUACCCCGGGUUUUAGGCUAGGUGUUGAUUAUGUUGAGGAUAAAACUUGGUUUUAUCAUUUGGCCACAUGCGACAUGUUUAUGAACGACUCGGUAAAGUUUCCAAUUUAUAUUGUAGUUAUGAUAGUUUGUUUUCAGUUGCUUUAUAAAUGUUUUUUAGUUUUGAUACUGCAUUUCAGUUUUUUUUACAGUUGUUCAACCUUUUCAUUUGUAUUUCUGUGUUGUUUUUUUGCUCAGCAUAUGAACACCAUAUUCUAUUACCUUCAGAAAAAAGGUAAAUAUUCUUCCGCUGUGACGUUGAAUUUCGCAACUACUGAUUGUCUGUUUGAUGAUUCCAUCCAAGCAUUGUACCACAAAUAUAACAAGGCCAAGUCAAUGAAGACUAAGAUGUCACACAUUCACGCUGCCCACCCAAUAGCGCAUUACAUCCGAGGUAUGCGCAUUCCCGUUUCCAAGCCUUGGUAUGAAGCCGAUCAUGUGCUAUUCAUCAUCAAUUUAAGAGGGAAAGUCAUUGGGUUUUUGGGCGUCUUGACUUGAACGAAGGGACGUUGUUUCUGUACAAUUCUUUGAGGACCGCGAAGAUGAAUGCCGCAGCUAGGAAAGCGAUGAAGGCUUAUUCCGUGUUGCUGCCUUUGUUUUUUGAUUUACUUGGGUUCUGGAAGAAUAGAGCACAAGCUCCUGCCUCAGUUUCUGACCCUACAGCUCCAUUCAGAAUC